UUCAUUAGAGCGCCUUUAGAUUCAGCGUCUCUGUCAGAUGUUCCGUCAGCGCAGAAAGCUCGCAGGCGGAGAUACCGGCAUGUGUGCGGAUGUAUCUGAGAGGGGGAGCGCCGACUGUUUCUCAAACUUAUAGCAACCUCUGUCAGUCACUAAGUUGGGAGGUUGAAAAAACUUUUCUUUUCUUCUUUUGUUUUUUUAUGAAUGAGUAUCUCACUGCUGGUUGGCACAUCUGGAUUCAGGGCAGUAGGAGCUGUCAGGGCAGCCAACUUUUAGCAGGACCUCAGCACUUUUUAAAAUUUUAUUUGAAAUAUUUUUUUUAAUCAUAUUUUUUUCCGCCGCUGAAACAGAAGGGGGAUAUUGGAAUUAGAUUGAAUUAAACCCAUUUCCUAAUUUUUUACAACUUUUAAACUUUUAUUAUUGUCAUUUUACUUUUUUUUCCCUAUUAUUAUUAUUUUACUAUUAUUUAUAUAUUUGUUUACGAGGCACAAAGAUGGAUCACUCAGUCCUGAGAUUGACGUGCGUCUUGGUGGUUAUCUGUCUGCUGGAUAAAAGGGUGGACUCCAAUGAAAUCCUGGGCCUGAAGCUCCACAACAUCGAACCAAUCCUGAAUGCCAAUACAGUGUGUCUGACACUGCCAGGUUUGACAAGGCGCCAGCUGGAGGUGUGCAUGCGUAAUCCAGACGUGACGGCUUCAGCAAUUCAGGGAAUCCAGAUUGCCAUCCACGAGUGCCAGCACCAGUUUAGAGGGCACCGCUGGAACUGCUCCAGCCUGGAGACUAGAAACAAAAUACCCUACGACAGCAUAGUCUUUAAAAGAGGUUUUAGAGAGAGUGCCUUUGCGUAUGCCAUUGCAGCAGCAGGUGUUGUCCAUGCGGUGGCCAAUGCCUGCUCCAUGGGCAAACUGAAAGCAUGUGGCUGUGACGAGAAGCGCCGUGGGGACGAGGAGGCCUUUCGCAUCAAGCUGCACCGCUUGCAAUUAGAGGCCAUCCACAGAGGGAAGGGUAUGGUUCAUGGUGUCAUGGAGCACUUCCCAGCUGAUCUACCGGGGCCUCAGGACUCCUGGGAGUGGGGCGGCUGCAGCCCUGAUGUGGAAUUCGGUGAGAAGUUCUCACGGGACUUCCUGGAUGCCCGUGAGACCUACAAGGACAUCCAUGCUCGUAUGAGGUUGCACAACAAUAGAGUUGGGAGGCAGGUGGUGCUUGACCACAUGAGAAGGAAAUGCAAGUGCCAUGGGACAUCAGGAAGCUGCCAGCUGAAGACCUGCUGGCAGGUCACUCCAGAAUUCCGGGUGGUGGGCUCAAUCCUCAAAGAGCGCUUCCACAUUGCCACGCUUAUCAAGGCUCACAACCGGAACACCGGACAGCUGGACCACUCUCACAAUAACCAUCACAACCACCACAACCAUCACCACCAUCACCAUAAUCAGCACAACCACCACAGUCACCACCACCACACACAUCGGCGGCGGCCAAGCAUCAACGAAUUGGUCUAUUUUGAAAAGUCGCCAGAUUUUUGUGAGCGGGACUUGAGUUCAGACUCAGCAGGCACACAAGGCCGGAUCUGCAACAAGACCAGCCAUGGCAUGGACAAUUGUGAAAGUCUGUGCUGUGGGAGGGGCCACAACAUACUGCAGCAGACACGGAGCGAACGUUGCAACUGCAAGUUUCACUGGUGCUGCUAUGUGGUCUGUGAGGAGUGCAGGAUAACAGAGUGGGUCAGUGUCUGUAAAUGAAGAAACAUACUUUAGAAGACUUACUACAGAAAAGAAAGAAAAUGAGACAUUUUUUCUGUCCAGACCAUUACAUCAAAAGGGGAAAUGACUGUAAUAUAAAUGCCCCAGCAGUUUUGUUUUGUUUUGUUUUGUUUUUUUUUGUUGUUGUUUUUCUUUUUUUUUCUUUUUUUCUUUGCAGUGGACUGCUGUUUUUGCUUUGCAGAAAAAAUGCUCAAGGACAGAGCGUGAUGCAGUCGAGCUAGUGGAUAGAUGCAUGUGUAUGUUAGUAAAGAGUGUGCACAUGCAUGAUACGUAUGAACCUGCCACAACCCAGAGAGAUGGGACAUAUACUGUCUCCUCUUGAGCUUGAGGACCACAAAUAUAUUAAAGAAACAUUUCAGAUGAAAAACAUAUUGGUUAAAUAUGGCUGCAUUUCAAGUUGCCAAACAGGAACUUGAAAAAGCAGUAGACUGCAAGCAGAAAGAAAACAAAAUUGCUUCGUGGCUACAGCAGCAUAAGGUCUGCAUGACACCUGAGAAACUGAUUUAUUUUUAUGUCGUACUCUAAAAUUUCCUCAACUGUUAAUACCAUGACUUACAGUUAAGCACACUGUAAAUCCAGCCAUUUAUACAUUUCCUAUGUCUUCUAUUCACAUCAUAAAAAGACAAUAUACAGUAUUUAAGCACUUAUGGAUUUUUGCCUCAUUCAAAGGCAAUAAAAAUUCUUCAAUAUUUAUUUAGAGCAGUUGUCACGUUGCACAUAUAAUACAGCAGGUUCAGCUGACACAUUGUAGCUAUACCAGUCAAUGUUUCUGUGUUGAUCUUUAGAAAACAUUUUGAUAUGAGAAAAGAUCAUUUUGCAUAGUUUUGUCUAAAAUUAACCCUCAAAACAGAUUUAACUGCAAGGCUGUAUCUAACGGUUGAGAAACUGUAGCCUCUGUGUAACAAUUAAACCGUGACGACUGAACGGUCUAAGUUAAAGUCAUUCAAAAGACUGAUCUGAAGCUCUGAUUGAUGGGAUUGCUCACUACAACACUUCACAACUAAAGACAUUUCCUUUCCCCAAGUUGAGGUUGUGAAAUAAAGUUAACACUAAUUGGUUUUAAAUAGAGUAAGUACCACUACUAUACACCUUAACAUUCAUAUUGUGGACCCACUUGAAAAUCACUGGAAACCAUUAAGACAAAGGCCUGUGCUGUGGUUGUUAGUCUCACCAUAAAACAUAACACAGGUACAUUGUACUGAAUUAAGUUUUCCAAAACAUACCAUGUGUGGUCUGUGUGAUGUGAUACGUAAUGUAAGGGAACCAUCAGAGUGCACAGCAGACACUCACUUCGUCUUUGACAUGACAUGAAUGGCACUGUAAAUAAAAAUGAGUAAUGCUGCACAAAUGCCAUCAAUAACAUUUAACUGCCUCAGGAAACUGAGCGGACAUGAACAGGCUCUUGUUGCACACACUAUAAACAUCCUUAAGAGACAUCAAUCAAAGUGUUUCCUGUUUUGUGAUGCAAUGUGAUGUGUGCAACACUGUAAGCUUCUUGUUAAAUAUCUACACUCACCCUCUUCACACUUCUUCGAUGUGUACUACAGGGAUCUUAUGUUGUCAACUUCAGAGUAUAUAAAAAGAAUGUUGAUAUGGAUUUCUGCUUAUGUACAUUUAUAAGAUCAUAUUUGAUCUCAACAAACUUGUAUGUGUAAGGCUUCUUAUCAGAUGGUGUAAUUUAUUUCAAACAAUUUAUGUUUCUGUGUUGAAACCAGAGAAAAAAAGAAAGAAAAACUGGGAUUAUGUUUCUGUUGUUACAGGUUAUUUUGAUUCUGAUAAGUAGUUUGCACAUACUAAUUGUGUCCAAGAAAUCUCUGGGAAGAUAUCAGCAAUAUGCAUUUUUUUUUUGUAUGUGUUCCAUGUAAAGUUUGUAUGUAUUUGUAUGUUUAAUAUGGUUAUUAUCUAAGUUAUUUUAUUUUUGUGGAUAACUUAAUAUUUGUAAGACAAUAAAGACAGA